AUGGCCGCCGAAGCUGUGGCCUUGGCAGAGAAGCAGGUGGCAGAACUCAAAGUAGCUUUGGCGCAGAACCACAACCAAAUACGAAAUUGCCAGCAGCAAGCUCGCAGACAAGCGCUCGCCGUGCGCAAUGGUGGCCUAUCUGUCCAGGCAGUGCGAAAAGUUUUAGCAGUCUAUGUGGUCUCCAACUGGGAUCUGAGUUUGGCUGUGCUAGCGGCGCAGCGGCUGUCCCGAUUGCCGCCAUGUUCUGCAGCAUUUCCAACGUCAGAUUUUGUCAGCGCUCUCUUUCGAGAGCACAACUGGGAGGAGUUGUUGAUGUUACAUGAUGAUGCUUCUCCACUGUGGGCGCCAGCACGGAAGUAUGCACGCCAGCUCCUCCUGGAACACGAUGCUUACCUGUGGGUGAAGCGGCUAAACUUUGCUCAUGGCGUGGCACCGUCGGCUUCAAAUGUGUUUCAUUACUAUGAAAAGAAGGCGCUGGUUGCGGAACCAUGUGGAGAGCCUCGCAAGAGAACCGUCAACAAAUGGGCUGCUCGUUGGCGGGCAAGAUGGGGUGUUCGCAGGGCAUGCCUGCGGUCAGCUGACACAGUGGAGCCCAACAUUUUGCGCGACAAGGUCAAGGCAUUCUGGAGAUCCAUUGCCUACGUGACCGCCAAAUUUAGCCACCAGGAGCUGGUUUGGAUCAACUUUGACGAAACUUCUGUUGCUGUCUGUCCACAAUGCCCAAAAGGUUGUAUAGUGGAUGACUGGCAGGCGCACCCAGUGCCAGGGGGGCCACAGAUGUCAGUCCCUAAAAACCGUCGCAGAAUCGCCUACACAUACGGGGCGUUGCUGUGCAGUCAUCCGGCCAUUCAGGCCGUUCUACCGCAUUUCCUUGUUUGCAGCGAAGCGCGGCUGCCCAAGAGUGUGGCCAGCGGCUUUGCAGCAUUACCGCAGACGAAGUUACGGCUUCUUCGUGCAAAGUCAUCCUGGGUGACCGCGGACAGCAUGAUCAGUAUUCUGGCAGAUGUACGCAAGGCCCUUGCGCCUUGGCUUCCAAUGCCACUAGACAUCGCUGCCUUCGGCGGUUUUAAGCAAUGGGUCAAACGCAAGAACAUGGUGCUGCGGCAGACUGCAGUGGAUGGGCAGCCUGAGCUGCUCGAGUUUCUCUGGCAAUUGAGCCAAGCUCCCCGUGAUUUCUUUGGGGGCAAGAAAUGGGCACACGCUUUCGAAGGCGUUGGAUGUGGGCGAGAUGUGACAAAGUUGCAUUCCGCUUUGAAAAAGUUUAUGCAGCACCCAGA